UAAGCAUUCAACUCUGGACUCAAAAUCGCGAAUAUCAAUCGUAUUUCAAUAUGGACAAAAUCAACCAAUACCGAGUGGUAGGAGGUGUUCGUAUUGAAGACACAAUUGUCAUUACACGUUCUGGUCAUGAUAAUUUGACAAUUGCACCUAAACAAGUCAGUGACAUUGAGGCCAUCAUGCAGCAAUAAAAAAAAAAAAGAUUGAUUCAAUCGGCGCUUUCGUACCCUUGUUUCCUUUUCUCUUUUUCGAUAUUUUAUUUUUGUUUUUCCUUAAAAUGGCUUCUCGUUUCUUCAAGUCUAUUGUUUCUGUACAGUCAAGAACAAUUGUUUCUGUAGCUUUCAGACCUUCUUUUGUUGGUGCUUUAUCUUCUCAAAAGCCUGUAUUAGUCAACAGUCGUUCUUAUGCAAAGAAAGCAAAGGAUAACAAAAAGAAAAAUGUAGAAGCUACCAACGCUAAACAAGAAGAGUUUGAACGUCAAUUUGAUGAAAAGCAAAUUCAAGAACGUUUCGAGCAUUCUAUUUCUCAACUUAAAGAGCAUUUGAGUUCGAUGCGUAUCGGUAGAGCAAAUCCUUCCUUAUUGGACAAAGUUCGUGUUCAUAUUGAGCACUCUCAUUUUGCUUUGAAGGAUCUCGCUCAAGUGACUGCAAGAGACCCUCAAACAUUGAUGGUUACUGUCCAUGAUUCUGAUUAUACUUCAGCUGUGGACAAGAGUAUCCGUGAAGCUGGAUUGAAUUUGAACCCUAUUAUUGACAAUAAGGGAAUCAAAGUGCCUAUUCCCAAACCCUCUAAAGAAUCUCGUGACAAGAUGGCCAAACUUGUCAGCACUACAGGUGAACAAACCAAGAGUAAAAUUAGAUCUAUUAGACAAGAUGGUAUGAAGCAGUUAAAGCAUGAUUCAAAGCAUCAGUCUGCUGAUGAGAUCAACAAAUUGACAAAGACUGUUCAAAAUUUAACAGACAAAUACAACAAGACAAUAGAUGAGCUUUUGAAAACAAAGAUCAAAGAAGUUCAAUCUUGAAUAAAAUAAAAGCACUGUGUGUAACACAAUUGACUUGACUCAAAAGCUUAAAUAGAACGUGCCCUUAUCGAUCCGAUUACUUGUAUGCCAUUGUGAAGUGUCACACAAACAAACAAACAAAAAUGAAAGUAAAAAAAAAACGCCUUUGCUCCUUUUUUCUUGCUUUAUCCUUUUUUUUUCUUGUUAUUCUUUAUCUUUCAAUGACUGUUCCUUUGAAUCCUAUACAAAAAUUCGAAUCAACAUCUGCUGAGAAUGCAGAUAGACAACACUCUCAUACACUUUCUACUUUGGACUUCCAAGGUGCUAGCUCUGCUGCUGCUGCCAAGGCCAUGAAGGCUGAACUUGCCAAUAUGGCCAAUCUCAUUCCAGACCAAGAAGAACGCAAGGUAUAGAAAUGCAUAAAA